CUUUCGACCUGGAAGUAAACAGCGGGUCCUCAGCUGGAGAUGGACAAACAUAUGGGCGUUUCCCCGCCUCAGGCCAUGGCCAGCGAUGAGGAGAGAGCAAUGCAUUCGAACGGAAUCUCAGAAGAGACUGACUCGGACACACAUUCGAUAUCCCCAGCCUCGAGUCUUCCACCAAUUCUGGAGGGUAAAAGCCCCGAAGAUGCCUUCCCUACGGAGCGGGCUACCUCGAUAUAUGAAGAACCUAUUCCGGUGCCUCGAUCUAGGCGUCGAGGUCUGUUUGCCCAAUUCACUCUCCUGGCAGAGGUCGAGAAUCCCAAGACCUACCCGCGGAGGACCAAGUGGUUCAUCACCUUCAUUGUGGCCGUGGCGGCCGCAGCAGCACCCAUGGGGAGCUCAAUCUUCUUCCCGUCUCUAUCUCAGGUAGCGAAAGAUCUAAACUCCACGCCUACUGUGACAAACUUGUCUAUCGCCCUGUACAUGCUCAGCAUGUCUAUUUUCCCACUGUGGUGGUCGUCAUUUAGUGAGGCACUUGGCCGACGGACUAUAUACCUUGUGUCCUUCGUGCUAUUCGCGGUAUUCAAUGUUCUAUCGGCGGUUUCGACUUCCAUUGCGAUGCUCAUCGUUUUCCGGAUGCUGAGCGGCGGAGCCUCUGCAUCAGUCCAGGCCGUUGGAGCUGGUACGAUUGCGGACCUCUGGGAGCCGCGGGAGAGAGGAAGAGCGAUGGGCAUAUUCUAUCUUGGUCCGCUGUGUGGGCCCUUGUUCGCCCCCAUCAUCGGUGGUGCUCUGGCCCAGCACUGGGGCUGGAGAAGUACGCAAUGGUUCUCGGUGAUCUAUGGAGGUGUGGCUUUGCUGUUCAUCUUCGUCGCUCUCCCGGAGACUCUUGUGUCGCGCAAGACCCCUAUCGUAGAAGUGGAACCAACAGUGCCGAUGGAGCGACCUCUCAGUCGGGUAUCUUCUCGACAGGUUUUGCACUCGACAACUCGAGUGCUGAAGGCACUGAAGAUAGUUAUCCUGGAUCCUCUCAAGAUCAUCUUGUACCUGCGUUUCCCGCCUGUCUUGCUCACGGUGUACUAUGCAAGUAUCACCUUUGGGUCCUUGUACGUCUUGAACGUCAGUAUCGAGGAUUCCUUUGGAAAACCUCCUUACAACUUUUCCACGAUCAUUGUAGGCUUGCUUUACAUUCCGAACUCCCUAGGCUAUGUGACCGCAAGUCUAUUCGGUGGAAAAUGGAUGGAUAGCAUUAUGCAACGCGAAGCGAGAAAGGCGAACAGAUAUGACGAAAAGGGCAAGCUUGUCUACCGUCCCGAAGAUAGGAUGCGCGAGAACGCGCUGCUGGGAGCUAUUAUCUAUCCCGGUGCUCUUAUCUGGUACGGUUGGACUGUCGAGCGGGGUGCCUUCUGGCUGGUCCCGAUGAUUGCUAACUUUUUCUUUGGCAUUGGCUCAAUGCUCAUCUUCAGUAUGGCAACAACCAUGCUGACAGAGUUUAUGCCCAAGAAAUCAUCUUCCGGGGUCGCGCUGAAUAAUUUCAUGCGUAACAUUUUUUCAUGCGUUGGCUCCAUCGUUGCCGCUCCUAUCAUUAAUGCCAUUGGCAAUGGUUGGCUUUUUACAAUUCUCGGGUUGGUUGCGAUCAUCAGUAGUUCAUCGCUCCUUUUUAUGAGGGUCUUUGGUGCUCGAUGGCGACAGAAGAUGGACGGGCACAUGAACUGAUUUUGGGUCUCUCGAGCCCAUGCCUGCGUUACUGCGUCAGAUAAGGGUUCAUGCACUCAGCAUACACUGCCACGAUAAUGAUGGCGUUUGGAUUUCUUUCAAUGUGUGCUUUUUUCUCUCCUGCAUUUUCCGGCUUUUCCAUUAGUACCAUCACCCAUGAAGUACGUAUGUGCAUCAUCACGAGCAGUCACGCAAGCAUCGUGGUUUCUUUUGCGGGGUUCACUUCAGGCGCACCAGACGGCUAGGGAAUAGAUAUUCUUCUUUUAGAGGUGCUCCUCGGCUUUCUUCACAGAUGCACUUCCAGUCAAAGGCGGCGCUUCGCUGUAGCUCUCGUUGGGAAGCUUUACUGUCAAUAACAUUAGAUCACCAAAUGGAGACUAUCUGGAUUCAAUUUUCUGCCCGUAAG